AUGAAUUUCCAAUCGCGGCCGUCCUCGCUCUCGAUGGUCCCGCACGCUGUGCGACGGCCGUCAGUGAGCUCGCGGCUUUCGUCGGCCGUGUCCAUCGCCGAGCGCGGCGAGACCCAGGAUGGAGGGGGCAUUGCAGCCCAGCACCAGAUAGAGGAGGAAAUUGCCAAGAUCAAACGCUACGAGGAUGCCGCGCGUGAGCAGUUGCGAAGAAAAGCGCGGAGGAAACGGCAGGCCGGUCUCUAUGGGGCUGGCCGGUCCGACUGGCGCCAAAGGAUCCUCGAGGCCUACGACGCUGCCCAGGGCUGGAUCGUCGUGACCAUCAUCGGCGCUGCCAUCGGCCUCAACGCGGCCUUCCUCAAUAUCAUCACUGAGUGGUUAGCCGACAUCAAGCUCGGCUACUGCACCACCCGCUUCUACCUGAACGAAGACUUCUGCUGCUGGGGGGAGGACAACGUCCAGACCCUCUUCGCCUUCACCGCCGCCACGCUCGUCAAAGCCUACGCCCCCUACGCUGCAGGCUCCGGCAUUUCCGAGAUCAAGUGCAUCAUCGCCGGUUUCGUCAUGAAGGGUUUUCUCGGACUGUGGACCCUGAUCAUUAAGUCCCUGGCUCUGCCGCUUGCCAUCGCGUCUGGGUUGUCGGUCGGGAAAGAAGGGCCCAGCGUCCAUUAUGCCGUAUGCACCGGAAACGUCAUCUCGAGGCUCUUCGACAAGUACCGUCGAAACGCCUCCAAGACCCGCGAGGUUCUCAGUGCCUGCGCCGCCGCCGGCGUUGCCGUGGCCUUCGGCAGCCCCAUCGGAGGCGUCCUCUUCUCUCUCGAAGAGAUGUCGAGCUACUUCCCCCUGAAGACCCUGUGGCGCAGCUACUUCUGUGCCCUCGUGGCGACAGCCGUGCUCGCUGCUAUGAAUCCCUUCCGGACCGGCCAGUUGGUCAUGUUCCAAGUUAAGUACGACCGGUCGUGGCACUUCUUUGAGGUCGUAUUCUACAUCAUAAUCGGCAUCUUUGGCGGCUUAUACGGCGCCUUCGUCAUGAAGUGGAACCUCCGGGCGCAGGCCUUUCGCAAAAAGUACCUGGCCAACUACGCCGUCUUGGAGGCAACCCUGCUGGCUGUCGCCACCGCCGUUGUCUGCUAUCCGAACGCAUUUUUGAGGAUCGAAAUGACAGAGAGCAUGAAGGUCCUCUUCCGGGAGUGCGAGGGCGCCGAGGACUACCACGGGCUUUGCGAGCCCGAGCACCGCCUCGGGAAUGUCAUUUCUCUUAUUCUGGCCACCAUCAUCCGCAUAUUCUUCGUCAUCAUAUCAUACGGCUGCAAAGUCCCGGCCGGCAUCUUCGUGCCUUCCAUGGCCAUAGGCGCCUCGUUUGGACGCACCGUCGGAAUCAUCGUACAGGCCAUCCACGAGGCAUACCCGGGGAGCGUCUUCUUCUCCUCCUGCGCACCGGACGUCCCCUGCAUUACGCCCGGAACCUAUGCCUUCCUAGGCGCCGCAGCGGCCCUCAGCGGCAUCAUGCACAUCACCGUCUCCGUCGUCGUCAUCAUGUUCGAACUCACCGGUGCGCUCACCUACAUCCUCCCGACCAUGAUUGUCGUCGGCGUCACCAAGGCCGUCAGCGAGCUGUUCGGUAAGGGCGGCAUAGCCGACCGCAUGAUCUGGUUCAGCGGCUUCCCCUACCUCGACCACAAGGAAGAGCACAACUUCGGCGUCCCCGUCUCGCACGCCAUGAUCACCGACGUUGUUUCCAUCCCCUCGACCGGCAUGACCCUCAAGGCAGUCGAACGCCUGCUCACGAAAGACAACUACCAAGGCUUCCCCAUCGUCGAAGACGAAACCUCCAAGAUCCUCCUCGGCUACAUCGGCCGCACCGAGCUCCGCUACGCCGUCGACCGCGCCAAGCGCGAGCGCGCCCUCAGCCCGCUGGCGAAAUGCACCUUUGCCGCCUCCCGCAACCCAGUCACACCCACCAGCGCCAUCCCAGCCACCACUCCGGUAAUCCAACCCUCCUCCUCCUCCUCCUUCGCAUCCCCGCCGCCGUCCGCCUCCCCGCUCGACUACGCCGCCUCCGCCUCCGCCACAGUCGACUUCACGCCCUACGUCGACACGACCCCGCUGACCGCCCACCCGCGCCUGCCGCUCGAGACGGUCAUGGAGCUCUUCCGCAAGAUCGGCCCGCGCGUCAUCCUCGUCGAGCACCGCGGCCGCCUCGCGGGGCUCGUCACCGUCAAGGACUGCCUCAAGUACCAGAUCAAGGCCGAGGCGGCCGAGCACCAGCACCAGCUCCAGCUCCAGCAGCAGGGCGGUCACGAGGCGGACCUGCGCAGCCGUCGCCGCCACCGCCGCGCCGCCGAGGAGGAGGGCGACGAGCGCGUGUGGGGCAUGAUCAAGGCCGCGGCCGGGUGGGUGUCGGAUACGGUCGGGCGGGUGAGCGGCGGGCGGAUCAGGCUACGGGAUUCGUGGGAGGGGGAGGCGAGGGAGAGGGACGCGUUGCGGUGGCGGGGCAACAACAACGGGGCUGGUGGUGGGAAUGGGAAUGUGGGGAUAUUGGAUGGGACGGAGGAGGUCGCGACUGAGGAGGGCGGGUUGGAGUUGGAGACUAGAUGA